AUGCACACCAACCUCCAUGACCGCAGUCAGCCCCUGCAGUCCAGAGAGUCCCUGCUGCUGAUCCCGCUGAGCCAGUCCCAGGAGCCCUCUCGCUGGAGAGCCACCAUCGCCUGCAUCUCGGGACCGGAGAUUGAAGUGGAAGUGAAACUUGCUCCCAAUGCUAUCGUGGGAAAGUAUUCCUUCAAAGUGAAGAUUGGAGAAGACUACACUUACGAGACGGAGAACGGCCAUUUCUACGUGUUAUUUAACCCAUGGUGUGAAGACGAUGAUGUCCAUCUUCCAGAAGAAAACGCCCGGCAGGAAUAUGUCCUCAAGGACACAGGCUACAUCUACACUGGCUCGGUCAAUGAUAUCACAGGAAAGCCGUGGAACUUCGGCCAGUUUGAGAGGAAUGUGCUCGACUGCUGCUUGUAUCUGCUGGACAAGAAAGGGCUGAAGCAGUCUGCCAGGAGGGAGCCAGUGCGUGUGGCCCGGGCCAUGUCCGCAGUGGUCAACUCCAAUGAUGAAAAUGGGGUUCUGUAUGGAAACUGGUCUGGGAACUACGCAGAUGGUACCCCUCCAGUCUACUGGACUGGCAGCUCGGCUAUCCUACAGCAGUACUAUGAGUCCAGAGAGCCAGUGCGCUAUGGACAGUGCUGGGUGUUUUCAGGAGUUCUCACUACAGUGAUGAGGUGCCUGGGAAUCCCGUCUAGGAGUGUGACCAACUUCUGCUCAGCCCAUGACACAGAAGGAAACCUGACUAUUGACAUCUACCUUAACCAAAAGGGGGAGAAGCUAAACGACAUAACCACCGACUCUGUUUGGAACUUCCACAUGUGGAACGACGUGUGGAUGAAGAGGCCAGACCUCCCGGAGGGUUACGAUGGCUGGCAGGCGCUAGACGCCACGCCGCAGGAGGAGAGUGAAGGUAUUUUUCAGUGUGGCCCGUCACCUCUGUCAGCCAUAAAGAAAGGUGAAGUCUACUUGGCCUACGACACCAAGUUCAUCUUUGCCGAAGUCAAUGCUGACAGGAUCAUCUGGCUGGUGGAGAACCCUAAAACUGACCAGCAGAAGACCACCAGACUGCGGGCUCACUACAGCGCCGUGGGCAAGAACAUCAGCACCAAGGCCCUGGGCAAGGACGAGCGCCAGGACAUCACCGAGCUGUACAAGUUUCCAGAGGGUACCCCGGAGGAGAGAAAGGUAAUGGAAAGAGCUUCUGCAGUUUGUUUCCCGGAUGUUCCCAUCCCAACACCUCAGUCUAUCCAGCUCGGCUUUGAGUCGGACAAGUCCUUCCUGCUGGGAUCCCCCAUAACUUUCCAGAUCUCGCUCAGCAACAACUCGUCUCAGAGCCAAGCUGUUGCCCUCACGGCAGCCUGCCAGCUCCAGACCUACAAUGGAAAGACACUGGCCACCAUCAAGGCCUUGAAGCAGGAGGUGACGGUCAUGGCCAACGCCUGCACUUCUGUUCCGGUAGUCAUCGAGGCCAGUGACUAUCUGCAGCACCUGUCCAUGGCUAGCGAUGAUCUUCUUGUGAGAGUUACUGCAGUGGGCGAGAACAAGGACUCCAAUUCAGUCUUCGCAGAUGACACCACUCUCUCCUUCAAAUAUCCACCCAUCACUGUUGAUAUGCCAGCAACAGCCAAGACCGGCGAGCCCUUCACUUGCACCUUCACCUUUAAGAACAACAUCGGUGUGGUGAUGGAGAGCUGCAAGCUGCACGUGGAGGGACUGGGGCUGUUCAGGCUGGAAACAUUCGACCAGGGUAACGUGAGGGCUGGUGGGAUCUUCAGAUCCAAAAUCAUCUGCACACCAGACAGAAGAGGUGAGCGGAAGAUCAUCGCCAAGAUCACAAGCGACCAGAUCAGUGGGAUCAGUGCAGAGAGAUCAAUCACCAUCAUCUGAGCUUGAUGUCAGCAGGUGAACACAGGAUCUCUGAUGAUGACGGGACAUUUCCCUUAUAAUCUACUGCUAAAUUUGAAAAUUAUAUCAUAGAUUUUGUGGUAAUGCCUAAUUGCAUAAUUCACUUUCUAACCAUUCACGAAGAAAUCAAACUGAAGCGUUAUUAAGCAAAAUAAUCAUUGUUCAUCAUAUUUAAGAUUAGGAUAUCAAUGGAUAUUUGGUGUUAACAUGCAAUCAGAAACAAUGCAUUAUGUGAAUGAUUAUCAGUUGAGUUAAUCAGGGGAUGGGAAAUGUAUUUUUGUCUUUUUUUUGGCAAGACUGGUUACUCUUCCUUUGCUGGGGAAAAAUAAGAUUGCAAAUACCCCAUCACUUUUUUGUUUGUCUUAAUCUUUUGCAUUUCAGUGAAACUCAUCUCCCGAUGUAAUUUCCUACUUGUGUUGAAAAAUACAGUUCUCCUGCAUGAUUUGCAACACUAUAGAAAUCUGCAAUUAUUAAUAAAGCUCCAAAACAGGU